UCAAAGUGAGCGCUUUCAUGCGGAUCUGUACGCCCGAACAGCAUACAUUAGUGGCUAAAAGUAAUGGAAAGCAUUCAUGCAAAAAAUGAUCGCCAUACACUUUAACUUGAUAGUUUUGCCACUCUUCCUCGGUUGCGCAAAAGGUGCAAACACCCAUGCGCGAGCGUAAGGCGGGUUGUGUCUGGAUGUGACCAUUUCGACAACCGUUAGCUAGCACAGAGGCGUAGCAAUUAUCUACAACAAUCUAAAGCUAUUUUCUUAGACCCAGCAAUCUGUCUUGAAUUCGUUACAGGUUUAAAAUAUUGACAUCACAUACGAUGUCUGUGAAUCUGUGUAAAAACGGUCCUGCCCUCACAGCAGCAUAUAAAGAAGUGGUGGAUGAGAAAUCUAAAACCAAUUGGGCCUUGUUCACCUAUGAAGGAAAUACCAAUGACAUCCGGCUUGCAGAGAAGGGAGAUGGUGGCUUGGAAGAACUCAUAGAAGAGUUGAGCAGUGGUAAAGUGAUGUACGGCCUCUGCCGUGUUGAAGACCCCAACUCUGGCCUGCCCAAGUAUGUUCUGAUCAACUGGACAGGUGAAGGGGUGAAGGAUGCCAGAAAGGGACUGUGUGCCAAUCAUGUUAGCUCCAUGGCUAACUUCCUCAAGGGGGCCCACAUCACCAUUAAUGCACGUGCAGACGAGGAUGUGGAACCCGAGGUCAUUAUGCAGAAAGUGGCCAAGGCUUCUGGUGCUAACUACAGCUUUCAUAAAGAGUCCAACCGCUUUAAAGAUGACGGACCUCAAGCCCCUGUGGGCUCUGUGUAUCAGAAAACCAACGCCAUGUCCGAAAUCAAGAAAAUCAAUAAAGACAAUUUCUGGGCCCAGACUGAGAGAGAUGAGGAGAAGCGCCGUCAGGAAGAGAGGCGUAAGGCAGACGACGAGCGUCAGCUGCUGGACCAAGAGAGAAAGGACCGCGAGGCGAAGGAGACCAUCCUGAGGGACAAACGGGACACAGAGAGAGCCUCUCAAAUCAAUGAGCAAAAGAAAUACCAGCAGCAACAGGAAGUUACCAAGAGUGAGGAUGAGAGACAGCCGUCGAGCAUCAGCAACUCCAGAGAGAUGUUCAAACAGAGGGAGAGAGGCAUCACCCCUGGUGACACCGCUGACAGCGCCCCCUCCUGUCCACAGCCAGGGCGAUUGCACAGCCCUUUUCUAUCUAAGCUGCCGUGUGAGCCAGAUAGGCCACCAUCAUCCUUCCGCCAACCUAUCCUGAUGCCCGCCGCCACAUCUGUCUCGCCUGUACCUGCCAGAGAGCUGAAUGUUAAGGAAGAAUUCAACGAUGAAAGUGAGGUUGUCACUACCAAGGCAGAAACUCCAGUUAUUACUAAGCAGCACAAAGAGCCUGAAAAGAGACAUGUUGAGCCUGAGCCUGAGCCUGAGCCUGAGCCUGAGAGCGUGGAUGAGGAGCCGGCCCAGGUGCAAGAGCAGACUGGUGGGGCGGACGUAGACAACACGGGCCCUUGUGCACGGGCACUAUACGACUACCAAGCAGGUAAGCCCUCGGGUAGAACAUAAGGGCCAUUCCCACUACCUUGCCCCAUAGAGGCAUGUGCCCUGUGAGGAUGCAAGCAGUGAUGAAAUAGAUAUGAACUAUUAUAAUAAAUUAUUAUCAUAAAUAAGUGAUGAAAUAGAUAUGAAAAUACAUUAAGUGGUGAAAUAGAU